UCUGAUUUGCUUCAACUUCCAGCGGACAAGCUCGUCCGUGCAUUGGAGCUUGGCACAAUGCUAGCAUUGCACAAGACAUUGGAUGGAGCGAUCAAACUUGUCAAUAGCUUGCGUUUGCCGGCACUCGCAGAGCGACUGGGUCUGAUUGUAGAGGAGAGACUGGAGAAGAAGAAGGCAGAGGCGGCGGCUUCCGUCAAUCCUCUUGUAGCUGGUGGUUCAACAGCAGGGACACCACCGCACCCAUUCACGGGGAAUGCCGUGACGGACGACAGGUAUCGAUUCAGUACGCCAGCAGGCUCGACUCCAAGAUCGCGGUCUGGUUUGCCAUCACUUUCGUCAGCUCCCAGUCCUGGCCAACAUUGGGGAAGAGCUGAUGGUGGUGGUGGUCCUCCAGUGGCCACAAAGAGCUCAUUAGGUAUUCCGUCAAGUCCUGUUUCUGCCCAACAUAGGGGAAGAGCUGAUGGAGGUGGUGGUCCUCCGUCGGCCACAAGGAGCUCGUUAGGUCCAAGUCACCAAACAGAAGGAACAGCUGUAAACAUUGCUCCACAAAUAGGUGAACAAGAAACCCCCAACCAGCCUAAAAUUCCCAAGGACAACAACAUCAGCAUUCGCACCAGCAGUGGGAAUUCUAACAUCAAGGAACCUGGGACGGCCACUGGCGCGUCAGUGAAUGCUCACAAUUUUCGUAACGAUGAUACAGCCGCCUCCUCGAAAGCGGAGACAACAACCGGUGAUCGAAAGGAAGGGACGGAAGAACGAAACAAAAUGUGUGCACAACAGGCAAGCUGUAAAGAUGACAGAAGCCAGGAGAAUGGUAAGGAGGCGGCAUUUGGAAGUACGGCCGCCCCCUCGCUCACAAAACCAUCCAAUCCUUUUGCGAAACGAGUCAGCACAUCAUCCUUGACUGCGGCUGAAGAACCAAGCACAUCGGGUAGUACGUUGUCGAUUUUAGACUCUGUGAAGAAAAUGCAGGCUGCUAAGGUGGACGACACAGGUAAGAGGAAGCUUGGUGCUCCCACAGCAUCAAACCAGUCGAUACCUGAACGUCCUGGGAAAGUGCGCAAGACGAAGCGGCCUUGAUAGCCGGCACAUGCUGAAACGGUGUGUCAAAUGAGGAGGGAGGUUAUGACAUGGGCAUGAAUGAUGCAGGAGGGAAUGGCCAAGUUCAUGCAUCAAAAAAUUUUGAACCACCGGUGCGUCUGAGCCUCUCUCUUCUGAUGCUGAUUUCCGCCGAUUUCUGCCACGCACUAUGCUCUGCUGAACCGAGCGCAGGCACAAAGUCACUUCUUUUUGCCUGGCACCGCCAGCCGUUUCCUUUCGGUGGGCCGAGCCCCGAAGAACACGGUUUGUUAACUGCGCGUCAGAACAAAACAGCUGGGAGACG